GUAUAAAGGCACACGGCCACUAAAGGCCCCCAGCCAGCAACUACUCCUGCCAUCCACUCCUGAGCCAGUUACCCUCCAGAGCAACAUGAUGCUCAAGUCUGUCACAGAGAGCUUUGCUGGUAUGAUUCACGGCUUGAAAGUGAACCACCUGACAGAUGGUAUCAUUCGGAGGAGCAAGAGGAUGAUCCUGGAUUCUCUGGGUGUUGGUUUCCUGGGAACAGGCACAGAAGUGUUCCAUAAAGUCACCCAAUAUAGUAAAAUCUACAGUUCCAACACCUCCAGCACUGUCUGGGGGCGACCAGACUUCAGGCUCCCACCGACAUAUGCUGCUUUUGUUAACGGUGUUGCUGUUCACUCCAUGGAUUUUGAUGACACAUGGCACCCUGCCACCCACCCUUCUGGGGCUGUCCUACCUGUCCUCACAGCUCUAUCGGAAACCCUGCCCCAGACUCCAAAGUUUUCUGGCCUCGACCUGCUGCUGGCAUUCAACGUUGGUGUUGAAGUACAGGGACGAUUAAUGCACUUCUCCAAGGAAGCCAAAGACAUACCAAAGAGGUUCCAUCCUCCCUCUGUGGUGGGCACUCUGGGAAGUGCUGCUGCUGCAUCCAAGUUUCUGGGGCUCAGCUUGACAAAGUGCCGCGAGGCCUUGGCUAUUGCUGUUUCCCAUGCUGGGGCACCCAUAGCGAAUGCCGCCACUCAGACUAAGCCCCUUCAUAUUGGCAAUGCAGCCAAGCAUGGGAUGGAAGCCACGUUUCUGGCAAUACUGGGCCUCCAAGGAAACAAACAGAUCUUGGACCUCGGAUCAGGGUUCGGUGCCUUCUAUGCCAAUUACUCCCCGGAAGACCUUCCAAGCCUGGAUUCUCACAUCUGGCUGUUGGACCAGCAGGAUGUGGCCUUUAAGAGCUUCCCGGCACAUCUGGCUACCCACUGGGUGGCAGAUGCAGCUGCAGCCGUGAGAAAAUACCUUGUGACACCAGAAAGAGCCCUGUUCCCUGCUGACCACAUCGAGAGAAUCCUACUCAGGAUCCCUGACGUCCAAUAUGUAAACAGGCCCUUCCCGGACUCAGAGCAUGAAGCCCGUCAUUCCUUCCAGUAUGUGGCCUGUGCCACGCUGCUCGACGGUAGCAUCACUGUCCCAUCCUUCCACAUCCAGCAGGUCAAUAGGCCUCAGGUGAAAGAGUUGCUCAAGAAGGUGAAGCUGGAGCAUCCUCCUGACAACCUGCCAAGCUUCGACACGCUAUACUGUGAAAUAAGCAUCACUCUAAAGGACGGAACCACUUUCACCGAGCGCUCUGACACCUUCUAUGGUCACUGGAGGAAACCACUGAGCCAGGAGGAUCUGUGCAAGAAGUUCCGAGCCAAUGCCUCAAAGAUGCUAUGCAGGGACACGGUGGAAAACCUUAUAACAGUAGUAGAAAAGCUAGAAGACCUAGAAGACUGCUCUGUGCUAACCAGACUUCUGAAAGGACCUUCUGUCCAAGAUGAAGCUUCAAAACUAUCCAGCAUGUCCUCAUUCGAUCACACAACGUUGCCCAGGUUUACCAAUAUCUAAACGAUGUUGCACUGGAAGAAAUACAUUUUUUUUGGUUUCCUGCUCCAUCUUCCCAGCAAUGAGCUCAGCAAAGUAGAGAGUCCAGAAACAGAGACAAGUGUAUAUGGAAAGAGUCUUGUCUAUAAUUUGAUAAAACCAGUCCUACUACCUUCAAGAUAUCAAAGAAACAAACAACACAGGAUCUAAUGUGUAUUUCAUAGGGGUAAAGUCUAAGUCACAUGUUGUCUGCUUGUAAUCUUUUCUGAGGAAUUAUUUAUUAACUCUGGGAACUUCACAGAUGUAGAGGAAGUGGAACGUGCACAUGGCUGGCUGCAGAUGGAGCAAGCUUGGUCUGCCCAUCACUUAUCCAGACAGGGUGCCCAACCAUCCCCUCUGCAAUGGCUGGUUUGAGGGAGUGGCGGGUGCCUCUUUUUCUUUCCAUACAGAGCCUUAAGGGUGUAGCCAAGAAUCCUUCUGCUCAGCUUCUCUACUGCAGAUAAGACAGUUUGACCUGGGUGGUGAAGCAGUGUGGCAUAAGACCCAAGGUUUCACUCUUUAUAUUAGAUAGCCUGUUAGCUCAAAAAAAGCAUUUUGAGAAUAUUUGACAAGUUGAAGACACAAUAAACAUGAAAAGGGG